GAGACGAGCUGGAUCCUCCUGAGCGGAGAAACUGGAGAAUCUGCUUCAGAGCUGUAAACUGCGCACUGAGGGGCGCAGGACCUCAGAGGAAGGAGCGCUGCGUUUCUGCUCGAAAUCUUUUGAUCGCUGUAGUUUCAGGAACGUCAAGCUUUCGAUGUCAGCUCAGGUAGAGAGAAGAGGAUCCCGGAAGAACCCGUUCUGCAGGUUAUUUAGCACAACUUUCUCUUUCAUGUCAAUGUGAACCAACACCGAUGGACUUGAUGGUUACGCUCCUAAAAAAAAUAAGAUUCUUUCUCAUGUUCAGCGAGUAAUAAACGGGAAAGAUGAACGACCUGAUGAAGAAGAAGUUAUACGUGCUGAUGGAUGUGCUGUGCGUUCUUGUUGCGUCGCUGCCCUCCAUAAUUCUGACUAUUGUGUCCAAACCAUAUCAGAGGGGGGUUUAUUGUGAUGACCAGAGCAUCAUGUACCCCCUGAAGCCAGACACCAUCACCCACGGCACGCUGGCAGCCAUCACCAUCUCCUGCAUUAUUAUCAUUAUCUCAUCUGGAGAGGCUUACCUUGUCUACAGAAAGAGAAUUUACUCAAAUUCGCACUUCAAUCAGUACGUUGCUGCGCUCUACAAGGUGGUGGGCACCUUCUUGUUUGGAGCCAGUGUCAGCCAGUCGCUGACCGACCUCGCCAAGUACACAAUUGGCCGUCCGAGGCCUAACUUCAUGGCCGUGUGUGCCCCAAAGCUCUGCUCAGGGUACAUGCAGGUGAUCAACUGCACGGGCAGUUUAUCUGACGUCACAGAGUCAAGAUUGUCCUUCUACUCCGGUCAUUCCUCUUUUGGAAUGUACUGCAUGCUCUUCCUGGCGCUUUAUGUGCAGGCCAGACUUGCGGCUAAGUGGGCCAGACUUCUCCGACCUACCAUCCAGUUCUUCCUGGUGGCCUUCGCCGUAUAUGUGGGCUACACCCGAGUCUCUGAUUACAAGCACCACUGGAGCGAUGUGCUGGUGGGGCUGCUGCAGGGAGCCCUUGUUGCUGUACUCAAUGUUCGCUUUGUGUCAGAUUUUUUAAAGAAGCGUCCUCCCCGUUGCACAAAGUCGGACACGGUCGAUGGCGAGGAGUCGGGAAGGAAGCCAAACCUGCAGAUCACGGACGUGGAGCACGGGAACCAUUACAACUUCCGCAACAAUCCUGGCACUUUGUGAUGCUUGGCUGCAACCUGCAGAACCCCAAACCUGUGUGAUCAGUUCCAGUGCCGGAGCUAAGACCUCUCAGUCUGCUGUGUUUCACUCAAGAGGCAAACCUGGGUCCUUCGACUCAGCAGGCUGAGUCCUAUGCUGGAACUGUUACAAUUUCUUAGAAAUAUCUCCCCUCUGGUUCUAUUUGCUUAGGGAAGGAGCCGGAUUCUUCAGCUUUUGGCCUGCAAGGCUUCUUUCCUCUGUUUCAGCCACUCACACCCCACCUGCUCCACUGGACUGACUGAGGGGGUCACAUCAAACCUCCCCCUCUCAAAGACACGAUGAUGACUUCCUUUGGCUUAAAGCCGUGGGAUAGGAAGGAGUCUCUACCUAAAUGUGGAACAUCCAUGCCUUUUCUGUCACUUUUCUCCUCUAAAGUCAGGAAAAGAAACAUAGCAGUAUUUUCUUCCUUUUUGGCAGAAUUUGUAUGAUCUGUUAUAUUUAAUGAGUCGGAGUUUAGCUUUAUGACGUGAUAGUGGCAGUAGCAACCAGAAAAUAUGAGACAAAAGCAUUGAAAUCCUGUUUGACAGCAAGAUUGAAGUAGCAGCAAAUGAUUUUACUUAAUCCAAUGAAGCUCAUGUUUGUCAAUUUUGUAUAAAAAUAAUGCAAAUUGUUAGAAGUUGUGUUAGAAAAGGAGAGUCGCACAGUCAUGAAUGUUGGUGUGAAGGAUUUUAGUGCACCUUAAACUGGCUACACACCAGAGAGGAGGGAUGUUGCACGAGCACACGGGUCAGAGUUCAAACAUGAGCACCAUUUGUUAACGAGCAGCGUUCGUUAGAGCUACCCUCUAUGCUCAUUCACAUCUCUGACAGGCUUGUGCUCAAAUAAUCUGAAACUAGAUGAUGACCAUUUACUUUAACUCCUGAUUAAUGCAAGCUCUUUUUAAUAAACCAUCAUUUUAAUUGUAAUAGUUUAAAAUGAUUUCUUUGAACGGUGUGAAAACUGACUGCAGAAGUAAAAAUCAUCCAUGAAUGAAGCUCACAUUUUAUUCCUCUGCUACCACUAUAUGAAAUAUUUAGCAAUUUGGCUGCCAUUUUUUUAUUAUAAUGUUUUAUUUCACAAAAUAAAAACAAAAUAACCAUUUAAAAAUAAUUUAUUUUUUUUUAUUUAAAAUGUAUAUAUUAAUUUUGACGAGGCUGGAAUUGUUGAAGUUUUUGUGCAAUCAUGCUUGCCACUAUGAGCCACAAAUACUUUGUCAGCAAAAGAAUUUGUGAAAGAUUUUUAUUUAGCAUUUAUUUCAUUUUUAAUUUCCCACAUGCAGUCUGCUUUGCUCGUGCUUUCUCAGACGGGUAGAUCAGCCCCACCAAACGGAUUAGGUUCCAGGUCCAGACAUUAGUCCGAUGCUUCGGCAGAACCUUUAAAGAUAUGUUAGAACUGUGUUUUUGGAGCUGUUGACACUUUGAAGAUUGUUACUUUUUCUAUUUUUGGUUCUUGUUAGUGUCUCUUGUACAUAACUCAGACCCCUGGUGAAUUAAUCAGACAGACCACUAACAUCAUCGGACCGAUCAGAGACAAACAUGAAUGCUGAGAACCUCACCUGAGACUGAAGUGGAGCGCUAAAGAGAGGAAAGAUGGUGGAAAACUCAAAGCAUGAGAGAAUUAGCUGAAACUGGUAGCCAUCACAUGCAUAUGGUAAUGUUGACAUAUUACAGUUUGAUCAUCCUUCAUUUGAAUAGAAUGUGUGGGUUUUGUGCCAUUUUUAUUGUCUUUAUAAAUGUAAUACCUGCAAACUUUUGCUUAAGAGUUUUAAAUAAAAAUGUGUUUUACCCUCAAA